ACUACAAAUCAAAAUGUGGAAUGAUGAUAUUAAAUUUCGGGUAGUUCAACCCCAAGAAUACGAACAAGUUGUCGAUUUCAUCAUUGAGCAUUUCUAUCGUGACGAGCCCUUAAGUUGCCUGGAACCCAAAGUUAUACCCAGUGCAUCCGAUCGUGCUGAUAUAUUGGCCUGCUUACUGGGCGGCACUAGCAUUUUGGGUGUACAAGUCAAGGAGAAUGGCGAAGAGGAGUUAGUUGCUGUUAAUACUGCUGUUGCCAAGGAUCCCUCUUCCAUAGACAAGUACUUUGAAUCCGCCGAAAAGGAAGGUAACACCAAGUAUGGACAAAUUUUGAAAUUGUUGGGUGUGGCCAGCCGUGAAGCUGAUGUCUUCAAUCGUUAUGGUGUCGAUAAGCUGCUCUACUCGUUUAUGACUUGUGUCAAGCCCACAAUUCGUGGCAAAAAUCUGGGUGUACGCAUUAAGCUGGAACUUAUGGAUUUGGGACGUCGCAUGGGCUAUAAAUUGAUGACAGCAGAUUGCACUAGUUACUAUUCGGCUCGUGUGUGUGAACGCUUGGACUGGGAUCGUGUGAAUUUUGUCGCUUACAAAGAUUAUGUGGAUGAGAAUAAUAAACCAAUUUUCAGUCCACCUCCACCUCAUGUGGGUUUGACAUCGUUUGCUAAACGUCUGUAACAAACUAUUGUAAUUUGUAUUUAGUGUAAUUUUAGUAAUUUAUUUUAAUUUA